CUCACUAAACGCAUUUUUGGCGGGAAACAUUAUCAUUAUUUUCCCCGCAUUUUCCGGCAGACAGCGUCCUGAAAAACACCUUGGGCAAGCAGCUGUCCUCAAUUUAUUGUUCUAUACUCAACACACAAAAGAACCAAGCGCAAAAUGGCUCGACGAGACUACGCUCAAGAUAGAGAAUCCAUCAAAACAUUUCUGUCGGAGUUCUGUAAAUGCGACGAUGACGGCAAAAAGCAGUUUGUCUACGGAUCGCAGUUGGUGAAACUGGCCCACCGGGAGCAGGUUCUGAUCACCAUCGAUCUGGAUGAUCUGGCGGAAUUCAAUGAGAGUCUCGCCGAGGCGGUGAUUGACAAUUGCCGGAGAUACACGUCGAUUUUCAGCGAUGUGAUUGCCGAACUGCUGCCCAGCUACAAACAGCAGGAGGUGCACGCCAAGGACGCUCUGGAUGUGUACAUCGAACACCGUCUGAUGAUGGAUUCCCGCACCCGGAAUCCCAUGGAGCAGCGCGACGAACGCAACAACUUCCCCUCGGAGCUGAUGAAGCGAUUCGAGGUGGGUUUCAAACCCUUGUCCACCGAGAAGGCGCACUCCAUUCGCGAGGUGAAGGCCCAGCACAUUGGCAAACUGGUCACCGUUCGCGGCAUCGUUACCCGCUGCACGGAGGUCAAGCCCAUGAUGGUGGUGGCCACCUAUACUUGCGAUCGCUGUGGCUCGGAAACCUAUCAGCCGGUGAACUCGCUCUCCUUCACGCCCGUCCACGAUUGUCCUUCGGAUGACUGCCGAGUGAACAAGGCCGGAGGUCGUCUGUAUCUGCAGACCCGAGGCUCCAAGUUCGUCAAGUUCCAGGAAGUCAAGAUGCAGGAGCACAGCGACCAGGUGCCCGUGGGCCACAUUCCCCGCAGCAUGACCAUCAUGUGCCGCGGUGAGGUCACUCGAUUGGCCCAGCCUGGCGACCACAUCGUGGUCUCCGGUGUGUUCCUGCCGCUGAUGCGCACUGGUUUCGCCCAGAUGAUCCAGGGUCUGCUCUCGGAGACCUUCCUUUCAGCUCACCGCAUCAUUUGCAUCAACAAAAACGAUGAGAUUUCGGACAAGGAUGCCGAGCUGACUCCCGAUGAGCUGGAGGAACUGGCCCAGGAUGACUUCUACGAGCGUCUGGCCACCAGCUUGGCCCCCGAAAUCUACGGCCAUUUGGAUGUGAAGAAGGCGCUACUUUUGCUCUUGGUUGGAGGAGUGGACAAACGCCCAGAUGGAAUGAAGAUUCGUGGCAACAUCAAUAUCUGUCUGAUGGGAGAUCCCGGUGUGGCCAAGUCGCAGCUGCUGGGCUACAUCAGCCGAUUGGCGGUGCGUUCGCAGUACACCACAGGUCGAGGAUCCUCGGGAGUGGGUCUCACGGCUGCUGUGAUGAAGGAUCCACUGACUGGCGAGAUGACACUGGAAGGAGGAGCUCUGGUGCUGGCCGAUCAAGGAGUCUGCUGCAUUGACGAGUUCGACAAGAUGGCGGACCAGGAUCGUACCGCCAUUCACGAGGUGAUGGAACAGCAGACCAUCUCGAUAGCCAAGGCUGGAAUCAUGACCACGCUGAAUGCCCGCGUUUCCAUUCUGGCCGCUGCCAAUCCCGCGUUUGGAAGGUACAAUCCCCGUCGCACCGUUGAGCAGAACAUUCAGCUCCCUGCCGCUCUGCUCUCUCGUUUCGAUCUGCUGUGGCUCAUCCAGGACAAACCAGAUCGCGACAAUGACCUGCGUCUCGCCAAGCAUAUCACGUAUGUGCACAGCCACAGCAAACAGCCACCGACUCGUGUCAAAGCCUUGGACAUGAAUCUCAUGCGUCGCUAUAUUAACCUCUGCAAGCGCAAGAAUCCCACCAUUCCGGAUGAGCUCACCGAUUAUAUUGUGGGCGCCUAUGUGGAGUUGCGACGCGAGGCUCGCAACCAGAAGGACAUGACCUUCACCUCUGCUCGUAACCUGCUGGGCAUCCUGCGUCUGUCCACCGCUUUGGCCAGGCUGCGUCUUUCGGACAGCGUGGAGAAGGAUGAUGUGGCUGAGGCCCUGCGUUUGCUGGAGAUGUCAAAGGAUUCGCUUAACCAAAUCCAUGAACACCAGAAGGGACAUGUUCCCAACACUUCUGAUCGCAUUUUCGCCAUCGUUCGCGAGCUCGCUGGCUCAGGAAAGGCAGUCAAGAUCGCCGACAUUAUGGACCGCUGCACCACCAAGGGCUUCAAACCAGACCAAGUGGACAAAUGCAUUGACGAUUACGAGGAACUCAAUGUCUGGCAGGUCAACAUGGGACGCACAAAGAUCACAUUCAUGUAGAUCGCCUCUUUCAUUGUUCAACUUACAAAUAGUAACUAAGUAUUUGUCUCUUUAUCGCCAAUCGUUAAUAUUAUUCCAUACAUUGUCACUUUACCAUUUAUCAUUGUCAUAAAUAAAUAAGAAUUUUGUAUUUGA